AAAUCACUUGAAAUAAAUGUCAAAGGAAGUUAGCGAAUUGGUUAUCACAAGGUUAAAAGCAGAACGUAGAGCAUGGCGAACUGAUCAUCCUCAUGGAUUUGUUGCAAAACCUACCACUAAAGAAGACGGAACAGUUGAUUUACUUAAAUGGGUAUGUGAAAUACCAGGACCACAAGGAGUAUAAUCCUCUUUACAAUUAGUGUCCUUGGGAAGAGGGUACCUACACUUUACAUAUGGAUUUUUCGCAUGAUUACCCUAUGAAACCACCUAAAUGUUAAUUUAGACCUGUUUUACCACAUCCAAAUGUCUACCCUUCUGGAACUGUCUGUCUAUCUAUUCUCAAUGAAGAAGAAGACUGGAAAUCUAGUAUUACAGUUAAACAAAUCUUACUUGGUAUUUAGAAGUUACUCAAAGAUGAACCCAAUAUUGAAAGUCCUGCUCAAUAUGAACCAUGCAAUUAAUAUAAGUAAUUCUACUUCAUUUUAUUCAUAGAAAUAAUCGCCAAGAAUACUUAAAGAAAGCAAGAGAAUUCGCUGCUUCACUUAAGAAGCAACCUUAAUGAUCAUAUAAUCAGUCAAUAUCUGUAUCAAUUAUAUAGUGUUAAUUGCAC